AUGAGAGUCAGCCAGUUCGGUUUAGUUUUGGCUUUAGCUUUGCUUCGACUGGCCAUCGAGGUGGUAGGGCAAGGAGAAUCAUAUAUCACGGAAUAUAACACAAGUCCAAAGAAAGCUGUGGCUAUUAUCAAGCAUAUCCAUGUCUUCGGCGAGUCCAACUAUAUGAAGGCUAAGAUAUACAUACACGAUGAUAGAUCCCACUUUGAUCUCUAUGUCCAGAUGGUCCAUGAGCUGGGCAGCAAUCAUCUCAUUAUGAACAUAAAGGUGCGCGUGAAACCGGAAGGAGGAAGUUCCUUUGUGCAAUUAUUCGAAUUGCGAAGGAUUAACUUUUGUGGUUUUCUCAGCGAAUAUAACACGAAUCCGGUGUUGCAAUAUAUGUUUAAGAAAAACAUCAAACUGAACGACAUCAUUAUAUGUCCCAUUCGUGUUGGAAACUAUUCGAUGAUAGACUCUGAUGUGGCAGGAAAUAUACAAACGGAUGGAGUCCAGAAUGGAACGUACAAGUUUUUUGCGGAAAUCGUCGAGGAAAUCGGAGAGAUAGCCAAAGUUUUUGCCAUUCAAGUUACCUCCUCGGUGUAUAUUGUUGACAAGGAACUGGAGUGCAGAAAUCUAAGAAAUUCUAUUCAAUGUGUUUAG